AUGAGCGACGUUGGCAUAAAUGUUUUCCUUGCUUCUGGCGUCCUCCUUUUCAUUGCUCUUCUCGUAUUAUCAUCGACAAGAAUGCGCUCCAACGAUCCAUACGGGCUUUUUCAUCUCACGUUGAACAAGGCGCCUUCUCAAGAUCCAAAUUUACCCCCUGCCACCGAAUGGCUCAAUAUGGGGUAUUGGAAGAAGCAUGUCGAGGUUGGUGUCAAUUGCUUUCUUGGGCAAAGAAAAGAGUUUAUACCGUUGUGGCUACGUAGCUCUCGCGCUAAAAUUAAUCGCGGCUGGCAAACUGCGCACAGGGGCAAGAGUGUUAGGUUAUUACCUUCCACCACCACCCAACCAAACCAAUUAGUUGACUCUUUACCAGAUGUCGGGCACGGCACAGGAGAGUCUCUUUUGUUCCUUCUUUCCGAGCCGUCGUUGCCGCGAAUAUCCCAUCUCGUGGGCAUCACAAGUCUAGAAGUGCACCACGAACGCUCUGUCGACCGCGUCCACAAGCUGCAGGCGCUCCGCGACAUAGACACCAUCGUGGACUUGUACCAUGCAGACGCGAUAUGCACCGACCGCGCGAACCCAGCUCACCCGCUCAGCACCCUCUCCAACGAGACGUUUGACGUGAUUCUAGCGCUGGACUGUGCGUACCACUUUAACACCCGCCGUCUGUUUCUGGAGCAGGCAUACACUAAGCUCGAACGGGGCGGCACUGUCGCCCUGGCCGACAUAUGUUUUUCUUCUGACGCGUUAAAGACGCGUCGGACCCAGUUCUUGGUGUCGGUGCUGCGGCUUAUGCCCCGGCAUAAUGUGAUUUCCAAGGAAGACUAUGUUGCGCAAAUGAAACGUAUUGGGUAUAGUGAUGUGGUUCUAGAAGAUAUCACAGACGACGUAUUUCCCAGUUUUUCGAGAUUCCUGAAGACACAAGGGUGGGGAUGGUGGGUCCUUGGGAAAGUAAUAGAUUGGUAUGCCUCUGCAGGCGCGAGGUUUGUGAUUGUCAGUGGCAAGGUAGAUACCGUAGACGCUGAAUAA